AUGGCGGAGGAAAGGAUCUCCACGGGCGGGAAGUCUCCCGUUCCCGCGUCCGAGCUCAAGCAUGACUACCAUGAGAAGCAAAGCACGCUGGUAGAGGGCCAGGAUCCCGAGCGCUUUGGGUACACCCAGCAACUGACUCGAAACCUGGGCCUGAUGUCCAUGAUCGGCAUGGGAUUCGCCGUGUCGUCCUGCUGGACCGCCAUGGGCGGCACUUUCCAGAACGCCUUCAACGCCGGUGGCCCUGUGACCCUGUCCUUCGGGUGGAUCGGUGUCACCCUGUGCGCCUUGUGCGUUGCUGGCAGUCUGGCCGAGAUGUGCUCCAGCAUGCCGACCAAUGGUGGACAGUUCUCGUGGACGGGAAUGCUUAGCUCGGAGAAAUGGGCACCGAUCACGAGCUGGAUCACCGGAUGGAUCCAACUGAUUGGUGUGCUAGCCCUCGGCAGCACCGGGCUUCUGUUUGCCGCGCAGUACAUCAUGGGUGUUGCGGUUAUCCUUAACCCGACAUACACGUCGGAGCGCUGGCAGAUGGUGUUGGUGAUGUACAUGAUCGCGAUUUUGAUCACCCUGGCAAACAUCUACGCGGUCAAGCUACUGCCUCACUUGACCACCGCAUCGCUCGUUUGGAGUGUUGUUGGCUUCCUCGUCACAAUCAUCGUGCUCCUUGUCAUGAUUCCCGAAAAGAACAGCGCCUCAUAUGUUUUCACGAGCUAUUCCAACUUCUCCGGAUAUGAAGAGAAGGGUAUUGCAGUUAUCAUCGGCCUUCUGCAAUCCUUCUGGGGUAUGCUGUGUUAUGAUGCGCCGGCUCACAUGGCCGAAGAGAUGCACAACCCCGCAGUCGACGCUCCACGCGCCAUGAUCACCACAGUCAUUGUUGGUGGCAUCACCGGCUGGGCUUUCCUGAUCGCUGUACUGUUCUGCGUGGGCAAUAUCGAGGAGGUCUUGGGCACUGCGACAGGACUGCCUUUCAUCCAGAUCUGGUAUGACAGCACCCAUAGCGACGCAGCCAUCAUCAUUCUCGGACUGUUCCAGAUCAUCUGCGCAUCCCUGGCGGCCCUCAUGUUGCUCACCGAGGGAUCCCGGACGGUCCACGCCUUCGCCCGCGACCACGGCCUCCCUUUCGCAUCCACCUGGAGCAAGGUCAACCCCAGGUUCAAUGUCCCGAUCAAUGCGAUCUUUCUUGCUGUCGGCGUGCAGUGCGUACUGUGCGCCAUCUACUUCGGCACAGCCACUGGCUUCUAUGCCUUGACUUCGGUGGCCACCAUCGGCUUCUAUGUCUCAUAUCUCAUGCCAAUCCUGGUCCUGUUGAUACGUGGCCGAAAGGUCCUCAAGCCUGGCCCCUUCCACCUCGGAAAGCUUGGUCUGCCGGCGAACCUGAUCUCGGUUGUGUUCCUGACGUUCGGCAUCAUCUUCUUCUGCAUUCCCUCCAGCCGCCCUGUUACUGCUCAGAGCAUGAACUACACAAUCGUUGUGCUCUCCGCGGUUGCCAUCCUGUCAGGCAUAAGUUGGUUCACAGGUGGUAGGAAGGCUUACGUGCCGCCCAGAGAACUCCGAAGUUACCAUUCCGACUCAACUAUCAGCCAGGAGUAG